CCCCGGCCGAGAGAGCUCGUGCAGAGUGCUCGCCAACGCUCCGCGAGACCCGUGUCGUCGCUCGUCGCGCACGACUCGAUACGGCGACAAAUAUACAGCUCUCGUCGUUCGCGAGCGUACUCCCUUUCCCCCUCUCCCCUCUCCAAAAGUCGCUCCCGCGACCUUUCGCGACACGUAAACGGGCCUCCGUGAGCCUCUUCGCCAACCCGCCCUCGCCCUUCCUCAUCUGUCGUCCUUUUCCGGUUCGGUAGCCGACCGGCCGGCCGAGAAAAAAGGGGAUUCCCGGUUUGUCCGGGUGACAACGGUCGAGAAGAGGGCUGCCUCGAAUCGGUGGAGAGUACACGCUCGUCGAAUAUACGCGCGUCGUAUACAAUCCUCGGGACGCAUUGCACGCGCGUCUACCGGCGGCGGAGAAUCUAUCGUGUUGUGACAGCCGCGCACUGGUUGGACCACAGUGUCGGAUAGCAAGAUAGACGACCAUGUCCACGCAGCCGACGUGGAUGACGACAACGGCAACAACGACGACGACGACGACGACGACGACGACGACGGUGUCUAGUCAGCACAGCCCGAGGCGCGACGACGACGGUGACAAGGAGGAAUUGUGUGCGCAGUGAUUCGCGAGCGAGGAACUGCGUGUCACGGCGGCGACGAAAUUGCGUUGAAUGCACGGGUGCAUUCGUGCGUGCGUGCGUGCGUACGUCUCAUCGCGACAUCGUCACAUGCUCCGCGCUCCGCGUCGACGACCGCCACCGGCUCGUCGUUGCUCGCGCGACCACCCCCUCUUGGUACACCUAAGUGAGGCGUUCAACGUGGCCGAUCCUUGGACAUGGUGAGGGGGCAUGUUGGUGUGUCGGCGGUUGCUGCUGAUCGCAGCCGCGAUCGCGGCCUCGAUCGAGGCUGGCUCGGCUAGUUACCACCCCAGCAUCUCGUCGUCGGACUACUCCGGAUACCCGGGCGGAUACGCGAUUUACUCCGGCGCGACGUCACCAGAAUCCCCGUCGCCGUCGUCGAGCUCAUCGACGUCCGGCCCGACGUCGGUGCCCGCCGCCGCCAGCAGCAGCAUCAGCAGCGAGACGCUCUGCCGACCGUCCGAGUUUCAAUGCGGCACCACCGGACAUUGCGUCGCGCAGGACAAGUACUGCGACGGCGAGAAUGACUGCGACGACAAGUCGGACGAGCCGAGAUAUUGCACCCCCUGCAAUCGGACAUUGUACGGUGACGUCGGUCGGACCUACAGAGUGGAGAUCCGCCGGCCGAGGGAGGAUCGACUGCCAUUCCUGUGUCACCUAAACUUCACUGCCGCCGGAUCCGAUCUCGGGGAUCUAGUCCAGUUAACUUUUGAUACCUUCACGGUCGGCCGCUUUCAAUCCUUUACGUCGGAAGGAUGUCCAGAUGGUUUCAUGACUAUUCGCGAGGAAGGUCGCCCUGCGACGGGAGGACAAUGGUGUGGCAGCGCGUGGGGCUACACCGUUUAUUACAGCGAAACUCCUUCCAUCAAUCUGACUUUAUAUUUGCUACGUUUAUCAGAGCAGGGUAUCGGCUACAACUUCGACUUCAAGCUGUCGUACAAGUUCUUGAGAAGAAGCGAGGCGCAUCUCAGAUACGGGAACAGCAGUAUGUCCACAUGGCGCGGCGAGCUCGUGAACGGCACGUAUUGCGAUCGCGUCCUCACCAAAUGCGAUACUAGAGCUUGUCGACUACAGUCGCCGAAUUAUCCCGGAGUUUACCCCAGGAAUGUCACUUGUUACUAUCGGGUGGAGCAAAACCGCGCGCCGGUGGGUCAUCGCGCCCUACUUGCCGUUAGUCAACGGAACAGUCACAAGAUACACAUUAAGGACCAGGUCGUGAAGUACGACAGGAGUCAGCGCGUGCUGAGGGUGUGGGAUCAGUGCAACGUCGUGCAAGAUUACUUGACGGUAUAUGACGGUGGUUCAACCUCAGACCGAGUGCUCGUAAGACUGUGCGGAGGAGAUGCGGUACCAGACAUCGUCAGCAGCCACAAUACGAUGCUGCUGGAGUUUCAUACAUCCCCGUACGACAAUCCGUUUCAUCCGGUUCCACUAUCCUUUUUGCCAGGAUUUGAGCUCGAAGUUCAGGUGAUCUUCGUCGACGAAAAAUCUCGGAGUUUUGUGAAAGAGAACGAAAAUUGCGAUUUUUAUAUAUCCGGUGAUGAGAAUUCAUCGGGGAUUCUGGAAAACCCAAAGCAUUCUUUACCACCGAACACCACCUGCCGCUAUCAUUUUCAAGGGAAGCUCAACGAAAUUGUUUGGUUAUCGUUCGUCAAAUAUUACGCCGCUAGCGUGGAAGCUGCUGCGAGCAUCGACACUACUGCUGAUUGCAAUGCAAAACUUUUGAUAUGGGACGGUGAUAUCACGGUAGACAAACUCACCGCCAGCCGAAAGAACAUUACACUGAUGGGACAGUUCUGUAAGGACGACAUACCGCGGCUAUGCGAUCACAGUCUGCUACGUAACAGCAGCCGUCAUACGCGGCCGUGCAGCCUCGCGGAGAGUUACGUGUCAACCGGCCGCGAUCUCACUCUGGAGCACAUAUUGCGUCAGGGUAGCGCGCUCUACCCGAUAAGCUUCGUCCUGCGUUACGAGUUCGUGCACGAAGCCGUCUCGUGUAACCACGUGUUCGUCUCGGCAUCGUCGAUUUCGCCCACGUCUUCCACGUCGUCCUUAUCGUCCUCCCCCUUGUCGUCCAAUGCCGGCAAGUUUGCGUCGCCGAAGAGCGUGUUCUUCUACGGUCGCGGCGGCGCGCAGAAUCUGAGCUGCGUGUACAGAUUCGAGGCCGAGCCCGAUCACAGGAUAGAGCUGUCUUUCGUUAAAGCCUCCUUCGGCGGUAAAAACUGCGCGUCUUACGUGGACCCAUUGGUGAACCGAUGGACGUGCGACCGGCGCAUGGCGGACAUCAAAAAGUUUGGCAUGGCUGAUCUUGUUAUCGCUGAAUAUCCUUGGCAAGGAGUCGAACUCGUUCGUGAUUGUCUAUGCUCGAAUAUGAGCGAGAAGCUCAUCGUGCGGACGCUGACGUCAAACGUUGUGGAGGUCAGAUUCACCGUCACGCUCAUGAACGUCACCCAGGAUUACCGGGACUUCUUUUUCGAGGGGGAAUACCGCUUCGUUCCCGUGGGCGCGGAUUCGAGCGAGCACGGGUGCUCGACGAAGCUCGAAGAGCGACGAUUGCGCGGUACCAGCGGCGAGAUAUCCCUCAGAAGUCCUCUGCCGCGGGUGAUCUCCAGCUUGGCCGCGGUGGAGGAAAUCCUGACGAAUAUGGAGGAUUUCACGGCGACGCAGUGUGUGAACGAGCCGUGGCUGAUCGAGCCCGAGGACGCGCGCAUCAAUUUUCUAUACUUGAGAACCGCCGGUUAUAGCAUCACUCUCGACAAUGUCGAAGAGUGCACAACUUUGAACAGAAUCGUCGUCUAUUCGGCCGCGAACACGAAAGAGCGCAGCGUGAUCUGUCCGGAGGGUGGCGUCGACACGACCAGGACCGUCGAUUUCUUCUCCGGUGGUUGGAAUUACAGCGCGGUGAACGCGAGCGUGGCGAUGGCGCAGCACGCACGCAGUUUCGUCGUCGAGUUCCUCCAGAGAGAACCCGGCUUCUACGCCGUCACGUGGAUCGCAAUCUCCAAGCGGCGUCCAGACGCGCCCACCACGUCGAAUGCGGGCGCUAACACAUUUGCGAUAUUACCCGUGGAUGAUUGCCCGUACAAAUGUCCAGAGAUCCAGGCAUGCAUCAGUUCAGUUCUAUGGUGCGACGGCGUGCGUCACUGUCCCUCGGGCUUCGACGAGGAGGAAGCCAAUUGCUCGUAUCGUUUCGGAGUGACUCUGCUUUACGUGGCGGUGGGCGCCGGUGCCCUGGGCAUAUUUCUGAUCCUGCUGCUGGCCACCGGUUGCCUAAAGUACUGCUUGUACCGGCACAAAGCGCGCAAAAAGAAGAAGAACGUCGCCCUGAACGUCAAUCAUCUCCACGUGAAUCAUACCCAUCACAACAACGGCUUGACCGGAAGCCGACUGAGCGGCCGCUACAACCUAGCCACGCCCCAGGAGAUGUACCUGGAGAAUUACGGGAAGGACAGUAUUUGUUGACAAUACGCCAUUGCCAAUAUCGAGACCACCGUGUGAAUAGUCAUGAUUUUUAAAUGCCUACCUCGCUCUGGCCCCCUCCCGCCCCUUACUCCACCCUCUUUCCCGAACUUUCCGCUAUCCGCGAAGUAAUGGACCGGAGUGUACGGCAGCCAGACACUCCCAUCCCAGAGGCACACACAACACGCAUGUUUACACGCGCCAUACAUACACACACAUACACAUAUACAUACUCUCGCAGUAAUCGUACGAAAUCCCGUAGAAUAUAUCCGAAGUACAUAGAAGCGAGCGUAUGAGACGUGCUUAGGAUAGUACUUGGUCGAAAGCGAAAGUGCAUUCCGUCAUCGUGUAAUCGAAUUCUCUGCUCCUCUGAUCGAAUCAUAACGAUCGGCUUGCUGUGAAUAAGCGGAUUUCCGUUCGAUUCAUUAGACCGGAGGGAGGGAUCGAUGGUUAGCUUGCCGUUGAUUCAUCGUACAAGGAUGGAUCGCGUGCCGACGAGAGGCGGCUGUAAACGCAUCUCGUACGCUCGCGUAUAUGGCAUUUACGAUAACACCGCAGUAUCAUGGUAGGUUUAGACACACACGAUUUAGGAGUAUAAAAAGGUACUCACGCGAAUGGACGAAGAGAGCGGACGAAAUUGGCGUUUUUACGCAUACGCGACGCUUCUGAGCAAACGGUAGAAUACGCUGUUUCCGUUGAGUGCACUUUCUACCGGUUUAUCGAACAAAUGUCAUAAACGUACGCGACGACGAGGCACGAUGAUAAAGGUAACGAGAUGAAAGAACGGAGUAAAAGAACGCUAAGGAUCGCGCGCGAGAGAAAGAGAGAGAGAGAGAGACGUGAUUUCAGAUAGCUGCGUGAAUGACGCGACGCAACCGACGGGAGGAAAGACUACAGCAUAGAGUCGUGGAAGUGAUACGCGAAUGAUAUACGCGAAGAGGCUGUGCUGGGAAACGGUUAAGCGUACUUAUUUGUACUCCUUUCUGAUCCCCUGAUUGCGUGUUCCAACGAUUCCCGCUUAAUGGCAACGCCACUUUCGUUUUUGUAAUACGAGAGAAAACCGAUAAAGAGUUUAAUCGCGAUUAGAUUAAAGUGCAUCAUUGACGUCGCGCAUCGUCUAUCUCGAAAAUCGUUGUGAUCGGACUCUGCACAUCACACCUGUCUAUUUCGAUCUUCUCUUCACUUACGAUCGAACUAGCCGUAGGCUCCGUUUACGUUACUGCAUUGUUUCCAAUUAGGGUGACUAGGCUAGACAGUUUCUUAUUACGGAGAUAUACCGAUUGUUAAACUUGUCGUAACGUUAGGAUUUUAUUGAAUGUCAAUAUCAUCGUGCAUUUAUAAUUUGCUAACCCAGAUGUAUGAAGAAUUCAAUAUAUAUGAUUUUCCUCAUCCACAAAAUGUUCUAAAAAAUUUUAUUAAAAAAAUUUUAUGCUAUAAAUAAAAUUAAUUUAUGAUUAGCUAUCUAAUUACUCUUUUACGCUAUAAAAUAAAAAAUGUUUUAUUACUUUUUUGUGAUGUAAUCAUUACUGUUUGAUGCAAAUCUAGUGUAGCCACCCUCAAAAAUUAUCUGCAUUAUAUUAUAUUAUUGUAUAUUAAUACUCGCUGCGGAUGACAACGCAGAGAUCCGAUACAGCUUUAUUUCACGUCGAUUCAGCAAUCAUUUUUUACAUUAUCUAUAUUCACGAUUCUCGAAUACCGUAAAACUUCAUAAGUGAUUUGUGGAAAACGGCAUGAUACGUAGAUAACUCGCAUAAUCUAGGUUCGGUAUCGAUACGCGUGGCUUGAAUGAGACGUAAGUAACCUAUAUGUAACUAAUCGAAUGCCGAGGGAGCGUGUAAUCCCGUUACGAGUGUGUUAAGCAAGCGCCAUGGACGCAAUUUCCACGCGUUAGCCUAUUAUAGACACUGUAUGGUAAAGCGCGUCUAACGUACGUCUGUAUACUGUGAUAGAAGUAAGCGUAUCAACAAUCGGAAAAUAAAUCUCUCGCGCAAACUCAAUAUUCGCAUAUGCGCAUCCUCGAAGUCACCAUCACCGAAGAUGGAUCACGACCUUUCGAUACAAAUAAAAUCUUCCUUGGCGAUAUCCUAACGCGGUCCAGCGUCAAACUUUGAUUACAAGUCAGGUUAAAAAAUAAUUAAACAGUGUGGUCCAAAUUUGAAAUGUACAUUUACGAGACAUAACUUACUUAAUUGUAACUCGCAUACUUUAAUAGAAAAUUUGAGAAAAAAUUGAUGGAGACGAAUUUAUAGUGAGCUAUUGGACGGAAUAGCGGUAUAAGUCGUCAAAAAUAAAAAAGUUUAACAUGUAAAACACAAUUAGAAAAUAAAAUUUUAGAUACAUUUAAAAACGUAGAAAAUGACCACAAUAAAGCAACUAAAUUUGAUAUCGUUUACUUUUAUAAACUUUCUUUGUCGAAUAAGAAAAAAAUAACUUAUACCACUGUUUCGGUCGACGGCCAAAUAUAAUUUAUACAUUGCACAAUUUUAUAUAAAACGACUGUAAAGUUAGAAUUGAUUAGAAUUUAUUGCAAUUUUCGAGAUUUUUUGAUGUUAAUUGUAUUUUGGAAACUUGUAUAUAUUCCCCUGACAAAGUUGGAAAAUUUUCGCGGAGACGCUGGUCGCCUUAAGAUAUCUUUCGCUGGUCUCAUGAAUCGCUCCGUGAAUAAUUCACUACCUAAGACAUCGUCUACCUACGAAUACUGCCGCAGUUAUUAUUUAUUCAUAAAGUUUUAUAAGUCUCUUUCUACCCGAAUACGAAAAACUGUUCGAGUAUAUGACGUUCUGUAUGUUAUAAGACAUGGGAAAUCCGAUGCGACUAACGUACUAGCGAAUAACGUAGCAUGCGUCAGAGGCGAAACUGUGGCACACGCCAGGCUCCUCGAUGUGUUAACCGCGCGAUUGCAAUAUAUUAAAAAAACAUGUUAAAAAUUUGCUCUAACAUAUCGAAAGUUCGAAAUUAAUUUAAGCGCGCCUCCAUCUAUUAUUACCUAGCGAGACUGAAGUAGCAAAUCAUUUUCAUGGAUGACGAGGCGGACUUCUCACGGAAGGAAAUUCUCCCGAUUCUCUCCUUUUGUAUGAGGCCGUACCGCGAGAAGUAAAAAAAGAAAAAUGUGUUUCGUGAAAUUUUUUAUAUAUCCUCGGUAGUUCUUGCAGAUCUCUCACGAUAAAUCUGUCUAUAAAUAAAUAAACGCGUAAGAUCCUCGACGACGGAAAUCGACGUAAUAAACAAUGUGGAACGUAUCGUUUCUAUCUGCCGAAGACGACGAUUUAUAUUAUCUCCCCAGCAUAAAAUGCCGAUGUGACUCGACGUUAAAAAACAAAUACAUACAUGGAAAGUCGUUCCUGUCGUCGCCUGUCGUAGCACCGAGCGAAUCAGCACCGAGUUUAAUUUCUUUCGACGAGUGAAAAAUUCAAAUCGCGGAGCAUGUAGUCAUUAUGAAAUUUAUAAGACUCGACUCCACGUCGCGCUCAAUCGAGAAUGCGUCCUACGAUUACGAAAAAUAUAGUAAUAAUGCAUGUAUGUAAGAACGUACACGAAAAAAAAAUGCCGUAGCACAAACUGGCUCGCACACAUGUAGUUAAAAAAAAGUGGAUGGUAAAGAGUUUUGAAUCAAAGAGGCCUUGAUUCAACGACGUUUCUAAGCAAGUAUUACGCGUUACACGAUGUAUUGUAAUCCCGUGUUUAUAAUUUUAAUAAAAUACCAUCGCGUUAAAGAAA